AUGGGCGUCGAUCAUUGGCGAGAGAUAACUUUUUGUGAAAAUGUACCUGCACCACCGCGGGUUAUGGACCCAAAGAAAUUUUAUGGUAUGGAAUGCCCUGGAAGUGUUUUUGUUUACAAUAAUUACAUGGGAGGUGUCGAUCUUCUGGAUGCCAUGUUGGGAUUGUAUAGGAUUAGAAUUCGAUCAAAGAAAUGGUAUUUACGCAUAUUUUUUCACAUGUUGGAUAUGUGUUGCGUAAAUGCUUGGUUGUUGUGGAGACGCAGCAAUAAAGAAUUUGAUCUACCCCUUAAAGACUUCAAGCUGGCCAUCGCUGAUUCUUUAUGCAAUCUUAAUAGAGAACAUAAAAGAAGAGUAGGAAGACCUUCAGCAGAGGUUCAGACAUUAUAUGCCAUGAAAAAGAAACGUGGACCUACCAAAGAAAUUCCUCAACAAGAGGUAGCAGCUAUGAUACCUAAAAUUCACCACUGA